AUGAACCCCAAACUGACCCAAAACCAGGAGAAACAGCUGUGCUCCUUACUGGGAAAUGUCAAACUCAGCCUGCUGUUCUAAGCCAGUAUCCAUGGCUACACCAGAGCAGCCUUUCACCAGAAAUGUGACCACCAAGGUCCCACAGUCUCUGUAGGAUCCAACUCCACAGGGUUUGUCUUUAGAGGCUACACUAGUAAAGAUCAUGAUGUAGCCAAGCAUGGCCACUUCAUACAGGAUGACAAAGCCUUUCUGUUCCGUUUUAAUGACAGAAAUCCCAUCAAGUAUCCUGUCACCGAUGCCACACGUGCGGUUCAGAUGAAUAUGAACACUGGUCCUUAUUUUGGGGAUUCUUUGUAUUUAAUAAACAAUAACACUACAGUGUAUAGCAACCCAGGUAACUGCUACAACUUCAAUGCUGCAGAAAUUCAUGUUAACAACCUCCAGCUAACUGAGUGUGAGGUGUACAAAGUGGAAGGUGAGUGUGGAAUUUCCUUGAGGUGUGUUCUCUCUUGAAUAUGAAACUUUAUGUGCAUUUUUGUAAACAAACGUGUCAAUUAUUAUGUAUUUGUCGUACAGAGGGCGGUGUCAUGACUUGCCCUCAUGGGCUGAGGAUCAAAGAUGCAGGCUAGGCAAAGGUUUGAACACCCCCUCUCCUAGGGGCCAGUUUUAUGACCGGUCGUAAAGUCCUUGCAGAAACUUUAUUUUCCAUGCCAUGCAGUAUUGGGAGAGGGAAUUUCCCUGUAAGACAAAGGAAGUCUUCCCACCAAGACUCCAACAUCCAAAAGUGGAUAAUGAAACAAUAUUCCUACUUAAAAGAAUGUGGGAAAUGGUUGGUGGCGACUUAAAGAACAUGUAAAAUUCGUUACUAUGUUGGGAUGUCAUUAAAAAUGGUGGAACAACAUAACUGUAUCUCUGGGGGUGUACACUUCCCAGUUAUGAGGUUUGCAUCAAAUUGUUGUAUACAACGAAUUAUUAAGUAUAAUAAUACUUUGGGGAAGAUAACAAUAUGAUUUUAGCAUUCUAGAUGAGAUGAUUGUUUCCAUAUUGAUUUGUUCUCAGUCAGUGGCCACACCCAGAUGAGCACAAACAUGAUGAAACGCCCCCUUUUCUACUCAAGUAUAAAACCCCUCGUGUCGAAAUUCACCUCAGACCAGGAAGCCCCACGGCUUAAAAUGGUUGAAACUCUACAGACCAAGCAUACUACGGUAUAAGCCGGAUGUUGCAAAUGGUUGGACUUCUACCAGACCAGGGAGCGUGAAGCUGAAGGUACACGUUACAAAAUGGUUCGACCAGAAAGACCAGAAAACGUGAGACGUUAGUCCACAUGUUUGACAUGGAGAAACUCAAACUCUCAAUCUCUACACAAGGUGAAGAAGAAGAAAAUGCACUAGACCUUAUAAACUCAGUCUGCAGCUGGCAUGUAUAGUCGUCUAGAGAACUUUCACUAAAGACACGAGUUGGGAAGGACAAUCCUCUCAGACAACCGCUGGUACAUCAACACUUUUUUUGUUGUUGUUUUAUUUUUACUUUUUUUGUAAAAAAUAAAUGCACUGUUGGUUAAGGGCUGUAAGUAAGCAUUUCACUGUAAUGUCUGCACCUGUUGUAUUCGGCGCAUGUGACCAAUAAAAUUUGAUUUGAUUUGAUUUGACAUCUGAAGUGUCUAUUCUAACAGAUCAACUCUACAAACUACAGGGUACGCUGAAGUAUCCAUUCUAACCACCACUACGACCAGAAACUCUACCAAGGACAUUGGGAUCUCUUGUGGGCAAACCAGAGUCCUACAUCAUCAACUCAACUAUCGAGGACAGCUACACGUAAAUACAUGUUGUAUUUCUAAUCCGAAUGAGCAGUUAGUGGGGUUUUAAGCAUUUGUAUUUCCGUGAGCGUAGUUUCCAAAGUAACCACGAUAGUUUGAAUCUCUGUCUCUCCCUUCAACUCUGACCGUCCUUCUACCCAAGCAUUCAUGCUAUUGUUAGUCCAGUCUACUAGGGACCUGUUUUCAUUGUAUUGUGUUAGUAAUCAAUAACCUAUGUGUGUGUGUGUGUGUGUGUGUGUGUUUGUAUUGUGUUAUUAUUUAGUUAGUUAGUAAAUAAAUAAUUAAGCCAAUUUGACUCCCGAGUGGCACAGUGGUCUAAGGCACUGCAUCGCAGUGCUAGCUGUGCCACUAGAGAUCCUGGUUCGAGUCCAGGCUCUGUCGCAGCCGGCCGCGACCGGGAGACCGAUGGGCGGCGCACAAUUGGUUCAGCAUGGGUUCGUUUCCCACGGAGGGGCCAGUAUGAAAAAAACAAAAAAACAUGCAUUCACUAACUGUAAGUCGCUCUGGAUAAGAGCGUCUGCUAAAUGCCUAAAAUGUGUAUUGCUGAUUCAUCCAUAAGGUUAGGGUUCUUGCAGGUUCAAGGAUUAUGCGACAUUCAGAAUGAGACUGAUAAGAGGUAAUUAUUUAAUAAGUGACUGUUAUCGAUACAAAACAUAUAUAUCUUCUAAGAGUUUAAUUCGGGAGAUGGUAACUUGUUAAACAACUUCUUCUGUGGUGCCCCAAAUUCCUAAUGAGUUAAUUGUUACAUGAUUAAUUUAAUCGAGUGACAAUUAAACAUAGUUAUUUGAUUCGAUAAACAGUCAUACAUAUUAAUAUAAGUCACGUCACGACAGAAAAGCCAUGGAGGCCCAUUCUUUGGAAAGCUGAGUAAGCUUCACCCAUAAAUUACCCAAAUAUUAUUGUUUUGUGAUGCAGUAAUGCCUUUGUUGAUUACUUGAUUCUCACAUGAGCCAUAUAUACACUGAAUGUUAUAAUGUGGAUGAAUACAGUACAUGAAAGUAUUUGCAUAGUUCAUUCAUAGGUUAGUUCUUGUUUUCCACAGGAGAAGAAAGGCACUGAUGGAGCCUGUUAAGCUCUACAGACCCAUGAUCAGUUCUGUGGGUCAGGCCAGAGUUAUACUCAUCGGUCCCGUCGGUGCGGGAAAGUCAAGCUUUUUCAACUCCAUCUUCCGUGGCCAUGUGACCAGCCAGGCCAUAUCGGGCAGCUCUGGCACCAGUCUGACCACCCAGUUAUGUGGUAUACCACAGGGGUUCCCAAACUUUUUUUGCAUCAGGGACCCCUUUUGUGAAAGUUCAUUAGACCCCUCAUAAUAUCAGAACACAAGUCUUGCUUUAUAGUGCGAUAGAAAUAGCAUACAGGCAGUUUUACUAUGACUUCUGCAGUGCAUGGCCUGAAUAAUCAAGUCUCAGGCCCUGGGAAAUAAAAUGUUAAAGGCCCCAUCUUGGCAUCAGAGAGAAAAGUUGGAAUUUGUCAAGCUAAUUUCCUGCAGUUUUACAUAUUUUGCAUUGGGGCAGACAGAAAAUGUAGCAGUUUUCCAACUAUUUCUUGCAAUUAUACACAUUCUGCCAUGUGGCAGGAAGAACAUUUUUGGGGGGACACAAGAAGAAAAAAAAGAUCAUUGAUGGAGUACUGUGGAUACCAAUAUCCCUGUGAGCCUCCCAUGCCCAUGUUGUGCAUCUCAAAGAGUUCAGAACAAAUUGUGGAUGAGUAGCAUUACAUUGUAUUGUAUUGCACCCUCUAAACUUUUUCCACAGAUCCAUCCCUUGUCCAACAUUCGUACAGUCUGUUGUUUCUAGCAAUAUUCAUAAAACAAUUUUAAAAAUGUACAAUUAUUAUUUGUGUAAAAUAUUUGGAGAUCUGGACCCCAUUUUGGGAACCACUGGUCUACCAUGUUAACCAACUGGUUUUCAUCUUUUUGUGUUUCUGCUACAACAAUUUGAAUGCAUGACACCAUAUUUAUGUGGACAAAUUGAUCAUGCACUGUCCCCACUGCAAGCGGAUGCCCACGGGUUCCGGCAGUCUGUGAACCUGCAGGACAGGAUCCACUGGGUGGCGUACGUGAUGGACACCUGCAAAGUCUCCAUCAUGUCCACCAAACUGGAGGAGAAACUGGCAGCCAUUCACAGGAGGAUCAACCUGCUAGGUCAGUCAGUCAGAGAGAGACACACCUGGGUUAAAGGUUAUAGAUUAUACAAACUACUGUCUAAAUCCCUGGUUAUUGACACCAAUGGAGGGUUGUUGUUCCACAGGUAUCCCACAGCUGGUUCUUCUGACCAAGGUGGAUGAGGCCUGUCCCUGUGUGGCCGACAACUUGAGGAACGUGUACAACAGCCAGUACAUAAAGGCCAAGGUGAGCUCUGAACUCCCCCGCUGAAUUAGAUGAUCAUGAACGUGUGGGUAAUAUUUUAGUAGCAUUUGGUGUGUCUCGACUCCCGUAGGCCCAGGAGGUGAGCGGCCAUCUGGGGGUGCCCAUGUCCUGCAUUGUCCCAGUCAAGAACUACAAUGAAGAGCUGGAGCUGGGCAUGAGCUGUGACAUCCUGCUCCUCAGCGCCCUGAUCCAGAUGCUCCGAUUCGCAGACAACUACUUUCAUGAAGCCAACGACAACGACCAAGAGUAG